AUGAAAGACGAAAAGGUCGGCUCCAUCACCGAAGACCUCGACACCACCAUCGCGGUGGAAGAAUGCAAAUCUAUCAGCAGCGAUGAUGCCCUUCUCAUGUCUAUGGGCAAGAAGCCCGAGUUGAAGCGUGUCUACAAUUUCUGGACAUUAUGUGCCUACCAGAUCAUGAUCUCCUGCAGUUGGUCGUGUCUGGUUGUCCUAUACUCGACCAUCUUUGACGUCGGUGGACCAUUUUGUCUGGUCUGGGGCACACUCUUCGUUGCCGUCGGCCAGACCCUCCUUAUGAUGUCGCUGGCCGAGUACUGCACCAUCUGGCCCACGGCGGGAGGGCAGCAGUAUUACACACAAGCCGUGUCGACGGGCAAAUUCCGACCGAUCCUCUCGUACCUGGUCGGAUGGGCAGUUAUUGUGGGCGAGAUCUCGACAGGGUCGAGCUGUGCCUUGAACAGCGCUGAUAUUAUUGCGUCGUUUGUGGAAGUCACACAUCCGGAUUUCUCGUGGCAUCGUUGGAUGACAUGGUUGAUCUACAGUGCAUUCCUGAUCGGGCCUAUUGUCAUGAACCUGAGGCAGACAUGGCUUCCAGCAAUGAACCUCUUAGGCGCUUUUUGGACCAUCGCCGGAGGUCUAGCAUGGGCCAUCGUCUUCGGAAUCAUGGCACCCAAACACGACGCGAGGUUCAUCUUUACCAACUUCAUCAAUAACUCGGGCUACGCCAGUAAAGGCUGGGUGUUUAUCAUGUCCUUCUACAGUCCCAUGUACGGCCUGUACGGGACUGAUGGGAUGAUGCAUUUGGUCGAAGAAAUGCGAAACGCAUCCAAAGAAGCUCCUCGCGUCAUGGUCUGGUCUAUGAUCUUCUGCAGUAUCACGAGCUGGCUCGCCGCGAUCCUCAUGCUCUGGACAGCAGGGAAUUGGGAGUCCUACAUGCUCGCGUCCCAACCAUAUAUGAACUGGUGGAUGGACGUCACGAACUCGGUGUACGGCGGCGGCAUCUUCUGCGCCCUCGUGAUGAUCGGACUGAAUUUCUUCAUCAUCGUCGGUACCAACAACGCUGGCUCCCGGCUUGCUUGGAGUAUGGCUCGUGAUAAAGCGUUUCCUUAUUCCGAGUACUUUGCCCACGUCAGCACACGUUUCCACAUCCCGCUGAGGUGCAUGAUUGCCAUUUUGGUCGUGGAUUUGGUCAUUGGCUUAAUUGUCCUCGGCAGCGAUCUGGCUUUCGAAUCCAUCAUCUCGGGGGGCGGCGUGACCUUGCAAAUCGGCUAUGUCACGCCCAUCAUCGUUGUGCUCAUUCGCGGUCGCAAAAUCCUCCCGCCCCGUCCCCACUUUGAUCUCGGCCGCUGGGGCUACCUCGUCAACAUCAUCAGCGUAUGCUGGUCUCUGAUCAUCAUCGCCAUGUACCUGUCCCCACUGUACGUGCCCGUGACGAUCGCGACGAUCGACUAUAUGAACUGGUCGUGUUUAAUUGUCGGCGCGACGAUCUUGUUCCCGGGCUUUUAUUGGGUCUGGCGGGCGCGGUUCAGGUAUAUUCAGGAAGGCAAUUCCGUGUUGGCGGACAACGUGGUGUUCAUUGACGGGGUGGCGGUGGACGGACGCGAGGCGCUGAGAAGGGCUGCAGUUGGCUGGUCGAACGAAGCAAAGACACCAAAAACAUGCGGUGAGUGA